GCAUUCUGCAUGUCGACAUUUCUCUAAGCUUACCGGGCUGAAUUUGACAUUGAAGUUGACUGAAUUGCUUUUGCGUCAGACCGGUCAGUUUUUUCGCAUGCGCUGAUGAAUUUCGCGGUUUAUACCACUGUCACGCGCGUUGAAGCGCACGCUUUGAUGUGAGACGUCAACACUUUUGGGAAGAAAGCAGCUGCUCGCGUGUUUGCCGAUGCAUUUGACGGUUAUGCUGCCCGAAAGUUCCCAGUUGAGUCUGAGUGAAAGAGAAAAGGGCUAAAGCCAACGCGCUUUACACAACCACCCACAACACUUACCAUAAACAAUGAGUGACCCCCAGGACGCCGGUGAUGUCACUUCUGCGUCAGGCUUGACUAGACAUUUGCCUAUCGCAGUGCAAUCUCCUCCUCAGCCAUGUGAUGAUGAUGAUGAAGGGGACUUGAACAGGACUCUGGGAGUACAGCGCUUUCAGCAGAUCCUCAGCCCUGCCCAGCACAUGCCCGCAGAACAACACCGCACCUUUAAUGAGGAGGAUUUUGAGUACCACCGUCAUACCUCGCUACACAUUCAUCACCCUCUGUCCAAACACCUCCCCAGCGAGAGCCGGAGGAAAAAGCCUGGGAGGAAGCGGAGCACCGGACGGAUGAGGAGUUUGUCCACCGGUGCGGCUCCCCCUAUAGACGAGGAUGACGAAGAUGAAGGGGCAGAUGAAGAUUCCUGUAGCCAGCAGGAGAAAGAGGGCACUGCCACCACCACACCCACCCCGGACACCGACACAGAGAUGAACAAUGAACAGUGUUUUGAAUCCAUUGAUGACCCCGACUGGAGCGUACAGAAGAACAUAAAAGUCACACCGCAUCGAAAGCUGCCAAUCCUACCAAAUUCAGCACUUCACACCAGUAUCAACAUCCCAAGAGAUGCUGCACCACCCGAGGGCAGAACUUCAGUACGUACUCUUCCCAACGGCAGGCGUGUGUCUGCUCCAUGCUUGUUUCCACUGAGUUCACCGGACGGAAGCUCCAAACUCGGCCGUAGCUAUGACCUGCAGGAGCGCCGCCGCAUGGGCAACAUGACGGGCAAUGCGCUCUACCAACACAUGCCCACUGAUGAGAGCGAGGCCAAGACACUCGCUACUGUUGACCUUGAUGGCAUCAAGAGUCACAGGUUUGAAGAUGUCCCCGGUGUGCGGCGGCACCUGGUUACGAAGAGCGCUAAAGGUCAGGUGGUUCACAUCGGCAAGGACCACAAAGAGCUCAGCAGUCGCGUCAGGACUAAACUGGAUCGAACCCCACAUGAGAGGAGAUCGUGGCCCUGUUACGUGGACCACAGGGUUCGUCGUGCCCGACAGCUGAAGGUGUUUGUAGAGCUGAAUGAGCUUCUGAUGGAUAAGAACCAGGAGAUGCAGUGGAGGGAAACGGCUCGUUGGAUAAAGUUUGAGGAGGACGUUGAGGAGGAGACAGACCGCUGGGGGAAACCUCACGUUGCUUCACUCUCGUUCCGCAGUCUCCUGGAGCUCCGCAGGACCAUUUCACAUGGUGCAGUGCUGUUGGACCUAGACCAGAAGACUCUGCCUGGUAUUGCUCAUCAGGUUGUGGAGCAGAUGAUUAUCUCAGACCAGAUCAGAGCAGAAGACAGAGCCAAUGUGCUCAGAGCCCUGCUCCUCAAACACAGUCAUCCAAGCGACGGCAAGGAACACAACUUGUUUCACCGAAACAUCUCAGCAACUAGUCUUGCCUCUCUGAUAUCUCCUCAUCACAGCAAUAAUCAUAUUGCUACAUCCGAGCCUCCUGCCACAUACCCGCUCAUUGGAGGACUGCCUUACUUCAAUUCACGCAGCAUUGUUGAUCUAGAUAAGAACGAGAGAGACACACCUCAGUUUUUCGGUUUGCACAAGUCUAAAUCGAAGCUGCUUGAGAAGAUCCCAGAGAAUGCAGAAGCUACUGUUGUCCUAGUAGGUAGCGUGGACUUCCUGGAUCAGCCCACCAUGGCCUUUGUGAGGCUGCAGGAGGCGGUUUUCUUGGAGUCGGUUCUAGAAGUGCCAGUUCCAGUGCGCUUUCUUUUUGUGCUCCUCGGCCCACCCACGGCCAACAUUGACUAUCACCAAAUUGGUCGUUCCAUAUCCACGCUCAUGUCUGAUAAACACUUCCAUGAAGCGGCGUAUUUGGCAGAUGAACGGCAGGACCUGCUGACGGCCAUCAACAGCUUCCUGGACUGCAGUAUUGUGCUUCCGCCGUCUGAGGUGGGCGGAGAUGAACUGCUGCACUCUGUCGCUCGCUUUCAGAGAGAAAUGUUGCACAAACGAAAUGAGCUAGAGGUCAAACUACAGGCCAAAGAACCCAAGAGCCCAGAGGAUAUUGCUCUUGAGCCGCCAUCUAAGCCAGGCGAUGAUCCUCUUCGGAGAACGGGACGGCUGUUUGGUGGGGUUAUCCGAGAUGUACGGCGCCGCUACCCUAAAUACAUCAGUGAUUUUACAGAUGCUAUAAGUCCUCAAUGCAUGGCCACUGUCAUAUUCAUUUACUUCGCUGCACUUUCUCCUGCCAUCACCUUUGGAGGACUGUUGGGUGAGAAGACGGGUGGUUUGAUAGGGGUGUCAGAGCUGAUCAUUUCCACUGCUGUGCAGGGAAUGUUGUUCUGUCUGCUCGGGGCUCAACCUCUGCUGGUGGUGGGCUUCUCGGGACCCCUUCUAGUGUUUGAAGAGUCCUACUAUUCCUUCUGCAGGUCCAAUGACAUCGACUACUUGACAGGCCGUGUGUGGAUUGGAUUCUGGUUGAUCAUCAUUGUGGUUCUCAUGGUGGCUUUUGAAGGAAGCUUCCUGGUGCGAUUUGUUUCACGCUUCACCCAGGAGAUCUUCUCCUUCCUCAUCUCGCUUAUCUUCAUAUAUGAGACCUUCUUCAAACUGGGCAAAAUCUUUAUGGAUCAUCCUCUCCAGAGCUGCUAUGGAAAAGAAGACAAUGACACUGCUUUAUCGUCACCCAAUGAUACCAGCACAUCUUCAGUCACCUCUCAAACCCUAAACCAGCCAAACACAGCUCUCCUUUCCCUGGUGCUCAUGUCUGGAACCUUCUUCAUUGCCUAUUAUAUACGGAAAUUCAAGAACAGUGCUUUUUUCCCUGGAAGGCUCCGAAGGGUUAUUGGAGAUUUCGGUGUUCCUAUUGCAAUCUCCAUCAUGGUUCUGUUGGACCAAUGCAUAAAGGACACUUAUACACAGAAACUAAGUGUACCUGAUGGCUUCUCUGUGACCAGCCCGGACAAACGCGGUUGGUUUAUACACCCACUGGGAUCCGAUGGUCAAUUUCCCAUCUGGAUGAUGGCCGCCAGCAUUCUACCUGCCCUGCUGGUCUACAUCCUUAUUUUCAUGGAAACUCAGAUCACCACUCUUAUUGUGAGUCAGAAGGAGAGGAUGCUGGUUAAGGGUUCAGGGUUUCAUUUGGAUCUUCUGAUCAUCGUGACCGCGGGUGGGAUUUCAGCCUUGUUUGGACUGCCGUGGCUGACCGGUGCCACUGUACGUUCAGUAACCCACGCAAAUAGCCUUACGGUCAUGAGCAAAGCUGUCGCCCCCGGUGACAAACCGCGCAUCCAGGAGGUGAAAGAGCAGAGAGUAACGGGAUUUCUGGUGGCUCUUUUUGUUGGCCUCUCCAUUGUGAUCGGAGACCUUUUGCGGCAAAUUCCUAUCGCUGUGCUGUUCGGCAUAUUCCUCUAUAUGGGAGUGAUGUCUCUUAAUGGGAUCCAAGUGUCAGAACGCAUGAUGAUGCUAUUUAUGCCUCCUAAGUACCACCCCGAUCACACUUAUGUCCGCAAGGUGCGAACUCUACGCAUGCACCUGUUCACAUGCUUCCAGCUGGUGUGUCUGGCUGUGCUGUGGACUGUCAUGUCGACCGCAGCGUCAUUAGCAUUCCCAUUUUUCCUUCUCCUCACUGUUCCAUUCAGGAGGUUCCUGUUACCCCGAAUAUUUACUCAACGUGAGAUACAAUGGCUUGAUGCAGAUGAAGCGGAGCCGUCAUUUGAUGAGAGGGAAGGCCAAGAUGAAUAUACAGAGAUGCACAUGCCAGUAUGACCUCAUUCCUCUCUCAUUCCUCAUCUGACCUGAUGUUCUUUUCAGGCAAUAGUGUUCGGAUGUACUACUUCAGUCAAUUUUGUUUCAGUGAGAUUUUUUUUGCUUAAUUGAUAUAGAAAUUUAUUUAUACAUGUAAACGGUUAUUAAAAUGUCACUUGUAUCUGUUAGAAAAGAUCUUUAUAUCACCUGUACUUGUAAUAUUUUUUUCUGUUUAUUUAUCAGAGUUGAAAUGUUGUUGUGAAAUGUACGUGUUGUUGAGGGAUAAAUGAACGUAUGAUCUCGAGUCAGUUCAAGCUGGAAGCACUUUAAGGGAAAUUUAAAAUGAAGCCUUUUCUACUGCUUAUCAACUUAAGGCAAGGCAUAACUUUUAGAAAUGAAAAUCUGUACAGAAUAACAUUAAUGCAUAUACAGUAUAUAUAUGUUUCAUAUUUUUAUAACUAAACAAAAAUAAUACACAGCUUUAUACUAUAUUCAGCUUUGUCAAAAACAUAUGUAAGCAUUGUAACUAGAUAACAAAACACAGAGUAUACUCUGCAGUUUAUUUGAAGAAAAGACUAUAAUCUUUAUUGUCUCUGAACACUGUCAACACAUAGCCAAAAGAGGUCUAUGUGUUUAUAAUACACAAACACUAAGAGAAUCAUAGAUAGUUUCCAUAGGUACAAUAAUACAUGAAGAUACAAAUGUGUUUCAUAUGAUUUAAAUUUAACCAGUCCACACUUGUGAAAUGGAAGACAUCUGUUGUUCAAUGCACUUGUACUGUAUGUUUAUUUUUGUAAAGCAUAUUUUUUCUGCUAUUCCAGAAUGAACGUCGAUAUUCUGAAUAUUCAAAAAUUAUUCUCUUUUAAAUUUCAUGUCAGAAAUUGUGCAGGGCUUCAGGUGGAAUCAAGAAAUUCAGAAUGAGUGUUGAUUUGGUAUAAUAUUAAAAUCUUUUGUGUGCCUCAUUUACAUUCCAGUCAUCAAAAUGAUCUAUUUUUAUUAAGAAGAAACAAAUAAAUACAUCUUGUGUGAUUUAAUCAGCUUUGUGUGCUUAGAAACCCUGCUAAAACUGACAAGGAGUUUCAAAUUGUGCCUUUAUUACACUUAAAAGUUUCUUUCAGAUACAGUCGUGCUCUCACUGUAUAAUAUAUAUAACUUAGAUAAAUAAAGAGUCACCUUUUUGGCACAUUAAAAAGUAUUCAACAACAAAUAUUGUGAUUAAUAUAAAACUGUAUAUGUAAAUGAUGUGGACAUACAGUAUAUCUUUAUUUUGUCUCUGUAAAUAUUUUAAGUGCAGGCCCAAAUUUGAUUUUAUAUGUGUUUUGCUUUUCAUUUUUCACGUCUGAUAGAUAUAAAUUAUGAAACCAUUAUUAAAGUAGAUGACAGAAAUAUACAUUCUCUUAUCAUUAAAUCACGCUGUUGCCAUCCCAGAUGGAUGACUUCCUUUCUUCGGCUGAACACUAUUGGAGUUUAUAAAAUAAUAUCUUACAAACUUUGUAAUGCCAUUUCAUGGGGCCACUAGUUAAAAGCUUCAAAAAACACAUCGGUCCAUCAUAAAAGUAAACCAUACAACUCCAGUGGAUUGAUAAAUGUAUUUUAAAGGGAGACACACAUAGCCUACUGUAUGACAACUGAAGAAUGUUGUGAAGAACUGAAGAAUUGGUGAUUUAAUUGUGAGAAUUUAGCUUAAUCAUGCAUGAAUGCAUGUACGUCCUAAUCAUCAAACUGAAUCUCAAGACGAGAGAAUAGCGUUGUCUGCUUAAAUGCAGUUUUAAAGUUUGAAAUUAAUCAAAAUUAAAAUGAAUCACAAUAUCAAAAAUUAUCAUCACAAAAAUACAAAUCGCUUUAAUAAACUUGAUCGCUCAGCAGCCUUUAAAACAAGUAUCUGUUCCACGCAACGGAGAAGCUCUGGUUUCUCUGCAGACACCCGCUUUACUUUUAACAGGCUUCACUUGACCGAGCAUUUAUGGAUUUUUUCCUCAACAAAAACAUUAUAAACAACAUGAACAUUAUGAUGAUACAAAGACCUAAGUGUCUAUAUUGUCUUUGUAAUAUUAAAUGCAGUCUGCUUUAUUAAGCGGUUUUUCGUUCAAAAAAUCUAAAUGAUAAAAAGCUUUCUCAGACUUUAAAAAACAUUGCCGAUUAAGUCAUUUUUGAGUUCACAUUUUUUUUGUACGUCAUAUAAAUGAAAAAUGCGCUGCUAUAAUAUCCUGUGCCUUUUAUAUUGCAGUUGCAAAAAUGCCAGCUCAUUUUUACUUUAAGACUGCGUUCCGUUAUAAUUUGUAUUGAGGCUCUGUAAAAUUUCAUUUGACAGUUCAUAUUUAUCUUCGUAAAUUG